AUGGCAAGAGCUUCUUCUAUCCGCCAAUUCGUCACAUCAAGAUCUAUCGUCCCUGUUCUGGGUCUGCUUAAGAGUUUCAAGCUUCUCGAAGAAUCCAGUAGUAUUGGAAACCUCUUACAAGUUCACGCGAGGCUUAUCACCUCUGGUAAUUUCUGGGAUUCCUCUUGGGCUAUUAGAUUGUUGAAGUGCUCUUCUCGUUUUGGAGACGCUAGCUACACAUUCUCGAUAUUCCGCAGCAUUGGCAAGCUUUACUGUGCAAAUCCCGUUUUUAAGGCGUAUUUGGUCUCUUCUAAUCCGAAACAAGCUUUGGGGUUUUACUUCGAUAUACUGAGAUUUGGAUUUGUUCCUGAUUCCUACACUUUCGUCUCUUUGUUUGGUUGUAUCGAGAAGACGAGUUGCGUUGAUUCCGGAAAAAUGUGUCACGGGCAAGCCAUUAAGCAUGGAUGCGAUCAAGUUUUGCCUGUCCAAAAUUCGUUAAUGCAUAUGUAUACUUGUUGCGGUGCGUUGGAUCUUGCCAAGAAGCUGUUUGUUGAAAUACCCAAGAGAGAUAUUGUGUCAUGGAACUCAAUAAUCGCUGGGGCUGUGAGAAACGGUGAUCUUCUGUAUGCUCACAAGUUGUUCGAUAAAAUGCCUGAGAAAAAUAUUAUUUCUUGGAAUAUCAUGAUUAGCGCUUAUUUGGGUGCUAACAAUCCCGGAGUUUCCAUUAGUUUGUUUCGUGAGAUGGUCGGAGCAGGGCUUCAAGGAAACGAGAGUACCUUGGUUUUGUUGCUGAAUGCUUGUGGUAGAUCAGCUAGACUGAAGGAAGGUAGGUCGGUUCAUACUUCUUUGAUAAGAACCUUACUGAGUUCGAGCAUUGUCAUCGAUACAGCUCUCGUUGACAUGUAUGGAAAGUGCAAGGAAAUAGACUUAGCACGUAGGAUAUUCGACAGUCUGUCCCGUAGGAAUAAAGUUACGUGGAAUGUGAUGAUAUUGGCACAUUGUCUUCAUGGGAAUCCUGAAGAUGGACUCAAAUUAUUUGAAGCCAUGAUCAAUGGUGAGCUAAUUCCAGAUGAAGUAACGUUUGUAGGUGUUCUCUGCGGUUGUGCUAGAGCUGGGCUUGUUUCUCAAGGUAAAAGUUACUAUGCCCUGAUGGUUGACGAGUUCCAGAUCAAACCCAACUUUGGACACCUAUGGUGCAUGGCUAAUCUUUACUCGAGUGCCGGGUUCCCUGAAGAAGCAGAGGAAAUUUUGAAGAAUCUGCCAGAGGAAAAUGUGACGCCAGAAUCUGCAAAAUGGGCAAACUUGCUCAGCUCGUUGCGUUUCACAGGAAACCCGGCUCUAGGGGAGAGCAUAGCCAAGUCCCUGAUAGAGACAGAUCCGCUGAACUACAAGUAUUACCAUUUGCUGAUGAACAUUUACGGUGUUGCGGGACGGUGGGAUGAUGUUGAUAGAGUGAGAGAGGUGGUUAAAGAGAGGAAGAUAGGACGGAUACCCGCGUGUGGCCUCGUGGACUUGAAUGAGAUAGUCCAUGGCCUGAGAAUAGGAUGCAAAGAUGCAGAAAAGUUGAUUACUGAGACUAGUCUAGAGGAAAAUGCUACAGUGAUCUAUUGA